UCUGGGUUCAGCCUGACAGUUGCACAACCAGGAUCUUGGAGGCAACACGCAACAUCAGAAGAAGAUGGCGUACACCAUGGACAUGCACGCGAGCAUGCCAGGGCUGGUGGUGAGGAACACAUUCUUGGAAUUCUCUGGCCGGGACUGGCAGGGCGUUGAACCUGCGGGGCACAGAACCAUGUGGCUGAAUUUGGCAUGGAUGCACAAGAAGGAAUUGAUUGCUCCUGGACUCAAAUAGGAUAGGGAUCGGGCUCAAAGAACACAGAGUGACUCAUGCUUGAGAGCUGAAACAUGGAAGGACCCCUACAUGGAUUAUGAGGAGAAUCGGCCCGGAAGGACCAGGGCAUACUCAGACAUUUCAGACAACAAGCUGCCAUGGAAGGUUCCGCUUUCAACUGGCACUGAUGCUGCCCACCCUGGUCUUUUCCAAAUCACAAGGAAGAGGUUUGCAUCGGAGCACGAGGACUUUGAUGGCUUUGAUAUUCCUGAUCUCCCAUCUGUUCUUGAAGAGAAUCCUGCAACGAUUUCCCAAGAAGCUGGAUCUCGCGUCCCACCGCAAUUCCCUGGAUCUCUCCUUGGCCUCAGUCCUUGCGCGAGCUUGAUGCCUCACCUUGGCUAUGGCGUAUUGCCUGACAUGGCCAAUCCCUGGCUUUUCGGAAGUGCUGGACUAUCCCCUACAUGGAGUGCAAACCUGCCACCCUGGAACCACAUGUCGAUGUUUCCUCAUACGCCGCCGAGCCUUGCCGCUGCAGCUGCAGCCUUAUGGAAGGAGCAGGGCGCCCGUCGCAACAGUGCAAGCGUGAAGAAGGAUGCAGCCGCCGAGGCUGCUCGUGCAAAGAAGAAGACCCCCGAUGCAAAGAAGGGCCAGAAGGAGGGCAUCAGUCUGCCAGUUGGGGUGCAGGCAAAGGCUGACAAAGUCCCGCAGCCUGAGCCUUUUGGCGACCCCACCACGGUAAUGCUGCGCCACAUUCCCAACAGAUACACCUCCGCGCAGCUCGUGGAGCUCCUCGAUGCAAAGGGUUUUAAGGCCAAAUACGACUUCGUGUACCUACCAAUCGAUUUCCAGAACAAGGUCAACCUCGGGUACUGCUUUGUAAAUCUUCUUUCCCAUGAAUGGGCUCUCCGAUUCAAACAGGAGUUCGAAGGCUUCAAGGAAUGGCUCUUCGAUUCUGUAAAGGCCAGUGAGGUCUCUUGGGCUCAUCCACAUCAAGGUCUUACCGAGCACAUCGAAAGGUACCGAAACAGCCCUGUGAUGCAUCCAAGCAUGCCUUCAGAGUACAAGCCUUUGAUCUUCAACAACGGCGUUCAGAUCGCGUUCCCGCCACCCACCAGGACAAUCAAGGCACCAAAAGUUCGUACCAACCGCGAUCGUCAAGGAUCCAAGGAGGUGUGAUGCGGUGCACAAUUUUGGUGGCCACUUGCAGCCACUUUGACCGGGAGAGAGUUUGACACUCCCGUGGGAACCCAAUUUACAUGGACAGGGAGAGCUCAAGCGGAAGUGAG